CUAAUUCAUUGUCCUGUUGUCUACUUUGAACCUUCUUAGAAGGUUCUUGUGGACUGUUUGGGACCUUUAUAUAUCUAUUCUAUAGCUCAUAUCUUGGUCCUGGAGAAAUUAAGAUGAAGACUGGAUUGGAAGACUCAUUACAAUAGACGAGAAAUAAAACACGCACAAAGAAAAGGAGAGCCAGGCAGGCAAAGGCAAUGCAAGCACUUCCAAGUCCCAGAUGAAGGCAGCAGCAACCUGACUUGUCUCUAUGUCUCAGCAACCCUCAACAGCUGGGCAUUCCACCUAAAGCCUUCUUCUGUCACCUCACAGCUUGAAGAUUGGAAUGAUUCAUUAAACGACAUCAUCUUAUAGUACCAUGAGGAAGAGAAAGCGGCUGUGCCCGGCUCCCGGCAUCACCGUCCGGAUCAGUGAGCGCUGCUGUCCCGCUGCUGUACCCCCGAGCCCGGCACCGCGACCUGGAUGGAUGGGUAUGGGGAGAAGGGCCGCACUCUUCUGCCCCGGGGCUGACCGCCGCCGCUCUCUGGGGCCCCUGCACCUCCUGCUGCUGCUGCUGGCCCUCUGGGGGGACACAGGUUAUAGUCAGCAGCAAACACAAUGCCGCAUUCAGAAGUGCACAACAGACUUCGUGUCUCUAACAUCACAUCUAAAUUCAGGAAGCGAUGGCUUUGACUCUGAGUUUUGUAAAGCAUUGCGGGCUUAUGAUGGCUGCACGCAGAGGACUUCUAAAGCUUGUCGUGGAAACUUAGUAUACCAUUCUGCUGUGCUGGGGAUCAGCGAUCUCAUGACUCAAAGAAACUGUUCGAAGGAUGGUCCUACAUCUUCUACAAACCCGGAACUUUCCAAUGACCAUUGUAACUUCCACAACAAGGUGACGGCAAGAGAAACGGGGGCAGGAGAGAAGCCUCAGCCCAAAUACCUCUUUUGUGGCUUGUUUGGAGAUCCACAUCUCAGAACUUUUAAAGACCAUUUUCAGACUUGCAAAGUGGAAGGAGCUUGGCCGCUAAUAGACAACAACUAUUUGUCUGUACAGGUGACCAACGUGCCUGUGGUCCCUGGAUCCAGUGCUACGGCUACUAACAAGAUAACCAUUAUCUUCAAAUCCUACCAAGACUGCACAGAUCAGAAAGUGUACCAGGCUGUGACGGACGACCUGCCUGCAGCAUUUGUGGACGGCACAACCAGCGGUGGCGAUGGGGAUACGAAAACUUUGCGGAUUAUAGAGAAAGUCAGUGGAAAGCAUGUUGAAAUGCAUGCCCGAUACAUUGGGACAACCGUCAUUGUGCGGCAGCUUGGAAACUACCUAACUCUAGCGAUUCGAAUGCCAGAGGAAUUGGCCAUGGCUUAUGAGGAAAGCCAAGACUUGCAACUGUGUAUGAAUGGCUGUCCAUCCAGUGAACGCAUCGACGAGCAUGGACAUCUGCCCCUGCCCAUGAGCAGUACCAAUUCACCCACCUCAUCGUCUGGACAAUCACACUCAUCAUACACACUGGAAAGUGCCAUUGCCAAAUGUCUUGAAAAGUUCCAAGUCAGGCACAUCUAUUUCCAUUCUUGUGUUUUUGACUUACUUACUACCAGUGACGCUAACUUUACAGCGGCGGCUCAGAGUGCUUGGGAGGACGUGAAGGCUUUGCACCCUAGAAAGGAGUUUUGGAUAAUCUUUCCAACAAAUGGAAACAUAGGCAGAACCCCCGCUUUGCCUGCUCUUAUUCUCGGCCUUGUGAGCUUGGUCUUUGUUGCUCUUUUGUAGAAGUUUUCUGGUGUAUAAAAAAAAAUUGUAAAAUAUAUAUUGUUAUAAUAUAUUGAGCAAGGAUAACAGCAUAUAUGUAUAUACCGUGUAUAUGAAGGGAUGUUUGUCUUGGGAUGCCCAUGAGAUUGUACAUAUUGUGUUAUUGUUUAUACUGAAGCUGGAUGUAGUAUUAUUACUUGUUUGGUUUUGUCUUGUUAUGGUCUUUAGUUUGUUUUUUUUGUUAGUUUUUUUAUUUUUAUUUCAGUUGUACAAUGUUUUAUAUGUUCCUUUGCCGGAACCUUUUAGAAAGCACUUUAUUUUUUAUAAGAUAUUUAUGUGUCUAUACAAGUGAGAUUUAAUAUGUGUGAACACACGCAUACUAAGCUCUGUUUAUGUAUUGUGUUGAUACCUAAGAAAGUUUUGUAUUGUGUGACUUGGCAGGUUAGAUGUAGUUUCCAUGUAAUGGCAGUAGCGUUGCCAUGGUUUGUCAUGGAAUUUUUCUAAUAGUUUAUUGAAGAAAAAAUAAAAAAAUAAGCUAUGAGCAGCUAUCUUUCCUGUUCUAAUGGGCCACACUAAAGGGUUAGUAGUGAUGAUUAAAGGGGUACUCCGCUGCUCAGCAUUUGGAACAAACUGUUCUGAACGCUGGAGCUGGCGUCGGGAGCUCGUGACAUUAUAGCCCCGCCCCCUCCCAUAGACUUGCAUUGAGAAGGUGGGGGGUGAGGUCAUGAGGGGGCGGGGCUAUGACAUCACGAGCUCCCGGUUCCAGCGUUCAGAACACUUUGUUCCAAACACUGAGCAGCAGAGUACCCGUUUAAACUAUCACGCUGUUCACACAGUACAGAUGCUUGCUAGAACAAAACUAUUUCUGGUGUCUGAUGGGUAACCCUUCCAAUUAUUUCUGAUGGUUAACCCUUCCAUUCUGUUUUUCAGUUUUUCGAGUGAACAGCUUUAUAUAGGCCAUAUUCUUAAAAAAAAGACUUGGUUGCUCUCCUUAGUUAUAUGAUAAACCCUCCUGUUAUGGUCCCUGUACAUACCUUUGUAAAACACAAUAUUCCUGUAGACAAAAGUUGCAUUAAAAAAAUAUUUUAUUUUUUUCCCCAAAAACAGUGUUUCUUUUGUCUAUAGGCUAUUUCAGGUAUUGCAACUCAGCUACAUACUAGUUAAUGGGACUGACCUGCAGUACCAAACAUGGCCUUUAGAUAAGAGUGACACUGUUACUGUUAAAUGGGAAGACCCUUUUGUUCAUAUAAAAACAAACUUCCAUUAUGUCACAGGCACUACACAUCUGUAUCAUCUCCUAUAGAUCUGUAGUAUCAUAUUAUAGUAAUUUUUCCCAGUCCUCAAGGCCCACCAACAUUCUGGUUACUCCAAUGGAAUAGAACAGGGAAAAAUAUAAAUCUCGGACUGUUGGUGGGCCCAGAGGACUGGGUUGGGGACCUCUGCUAUAAAUGACAUAUUUAAGUGAUUUUCUUCUUACUUUUUUGCCCUUUUACCAUAAAUAGUUGUCGACCUAAUAAUACUGGUGAUGAUUCAUCAGAGAUGGCAUCGUUCCCAUCCUUUACCCAGAAUUCUAAACAUUUAUAUUGCUGUUGUGUCCUAUUAAGUCAUUAUUAGAAACUGUUCAUUUAUACUAAGGCAGGAAGAAAAUGUUCAUCUUAUAAAUUGAUUCCCUAAUUUUGGCUGCCCCCCAAACCCUCCUGCCGGAGACAGCUGCCUCAUAUUUUCUCAUUAGACAGCCACUUCUGCACAGAAAUUAUAUUAUUUUAAGAUAUUUACUUAAAAAAAACACAUAAUUGUUCCUAUGGGUUCCUGGAAUAAAAAAAAAACAGUGUCCACAAUUCCAUUUUUGAGCAUACGAGCUAUAGAAUAGAACCGAUCCCACUACGGCGGCAUGCCUAUUCUUUUAAGAACUCGUCUGAGACGUAAACUUUACUAUUGUUCCUUGCUUUUCCGAACUUUGAAUGAAAACGCUAACCUCUUAUCUGUUUCAGUCAUGUCUGAAACAUUUUUUAUAUAUUACAAUGAAUAUACUGUUAUUCUGAGCAGUUGCUUAUGUUGUCAAGUGGGCUCACCCCGAAUUCCUGUGCCCCUAACUGCCUAACAUUUGGGAUGGGAGUCAUGGGUGAUGUCCAUAUAAUUGUCUGGAUGACAAAUUUUCCCCACCCUUGCCAUUGCCAUCUAGGUGCACGGUGAACUUAGUUGACUUUUCAUGGAAGGAUCUGCCAUUGUUAGGUGGAAGAGUGUUUGUUUUCUUUUUUAAAUUCAUAGUGGGUUUGGUUGUUCAUGUUGGAUGUAUAAAACACUUUGUUAGCCAAACUAGCGCAAUGUCAGGUUAGUUAAAGUUUUAUAUUUUCUCCUAUAUGGUUCUAUUAGUUAUAGAGGAAAGAUCCAACUACAUUGUUACAGAAAUUCAUCAUCAAAGGUUAAAUUACUAUUCAUAAAAUGGAGACAUCAUACAUGCUUCAAAGGCCCCACAUGGCUGACUCUUAAAGAGGUACUCCGCUGAGAAAACAUUUUUUUUUUUUAAUCCACUGGGACCAGAAGGUUAAACAGAUUUGUAAAUGACUUCUAUGUAAAAAUCGUAAUCCUUCCAGUACUUAUCAGAUGCUAUAUGCUUCACAGGAAGUUCUUUUCUUUUGCAUUUCUUUUCUGUCUGACCACAGUGCUCUCUGCUGACACCUCUGUCUAUUUUAUGUACUGUUCAGAGUAGGAGCAAAUCCCCAUUGCAAAUCUAUCCUUCUCUGGACAGUUCCUAACAUGGACAGAGGUGUUAGCAGAGAGCACUUAUGGUA